ACAAUAAAAUGCCAACACUGUGCUAAAAUAUUGAAAGGAAGAGCAAGAGCUUUCACCUAAAACAGCUGUUUAGGAAGAGCGUUGCCAUACGAAUUGUUUACAGUGACAUCUAUCCGGUUACACGAGCAAACGCCAACAUGCAUUAUAAUAAACAAAAAACAAAGAAGCCUUCUAAGAAUGCUCUUAAUUCCCUUUGGAAUGGCUACACAGCUGCCGUUGGAGCCGCUGCCCAGAAAUGUCAGCAACAGCUGUUUGCAGAGCACAAAACAAAAAAUAUCGCUCACCAAUUGGAAGCAAAUACAUCGUCGGAGUGCAUAAUGGGUAACAAACAAGUGCGCCAACACCUGGAAACAGCGCAGAAAACUGGCAUACUAAAGAUUUCACUACAGCGCUUACAAGAAUUUCCACCACAAUUGAAAAAUUACCCAAAUGUUCUUAAAACACUUGAUCUUUCCGAAAAUCGCUUUGAGCGUUUACCGGAUGAGUUGGGUCAUUUCACCCUGGUCAAACAUCUGAACCUCAGUGGAAAUAAACUUAUUGAACUGCCAGAUGUGUUAGGCGAAUUAACGAAACUGGAGGUGCUAUUAGUGAUGAACAAUUACCUUACGAAAAUACCAAAAACACUAUCGAACUGCAAUAAUUUGAAAACUGUGAAUCUGUCCAAUAAUCAAAUUAAAGAAUUUCCCACCAUGUUGUGCGGUCUCAAACAUCUCGAUGUAUUGGAUCUGUCACGCAAUAGAAUUACAACAGUACCUGCUGAGGUUGGCACACUUUAUAUGACUGAGCUGAAUUUAAAUCAAAAUCAAAUUUCAACACUUUCCGAGGAGAUUGCAGCGUGUCCAAAACUAAAAGUUUUACGACUAGAAGAAAAUUGUCUACAGGCUAACGCAUUCACGCCACGCAUAUUAAAGGAAUCGAAAAUCUGCAAUCUGUCUGUUGAUGGCAACCUCUUCAAUUCCAAACAGUUUACAGAUUUAGAAGGUUAUGAAGUUUACAUGGAACGUUAUACGGCAGUUAAGAAAAAAAUGUUCUAAGCGAAAAUAAGCAAAAAAAAGAAUAAUAAUAAUGUUGAUACAAAAAGACAAA